AUGGCUAUAAUCGAGACAAUAGUAUGUGAACCCGCCCGACACUUACUAUGGUCAUGCACUCGAACUUUCGAUCCCAGAGGAAAGCCAUUACCGGAAGAAAGAGAUAGAAGAACCACAACACACUCUCGAUCGUAUCCUAUGAAGCUCCUACCGACCUCCGCCCAUACGCCAUUAUAUCUGGAGGACACUUCUGGUGAGAUUCCAGUUGAUUAG